GCGCGUUAUCUGUUUUUUGAUCGAUCAGCUGCAUUUGAAACGAGGCAGGAUGUUGACGCGGAGUCGGUUUGGGGUAUAUGCCAAUGAAAAUGCUCUGGUGGGUGUUAAGGGCAAUAUGGUUCAGAAGUCGAAAACCACAGGUGUGUCGACAAGAUCACGUGCAGCCCUAGGCGACAUCAAGAACAAAACCAGUGAUAUUGUUGGAAAAGAUGUAAGCAAACAAAAAACUGAAAAAGCCGGACAAUGUGCAGAACAGAAAGAUCAGCAGGUAGAUAUGAGCAUCGACGAACAUAACCUCGCCCCAAAUCAAAAGCCUUAUGAAAGUCUCCAGGAAUUCCGACGUCGGCGUGGAGCUAUCAGGUCGGAGUGCUUGGCAGCUUCGUAUGCAGAGGAGUUCCUGGAAGUCGACCAAAUUGAUUUUGCAGACUCGGCCACAGUGUACCCAUACGGAGAAAGCAUUUUCGACUACCUUCAAGAUAGAGAAUUAUCAGUACAGCCUCUUACAGCAGGGUUUAUUGCCCCCAACGCUGAAGUCACGCCGAGGAUGCGUUAUAUAUUGAUAAAUUGGCUUGUACAGGUACACUAUAGUUACAAGCUGCAACCUGAAACACUAUACCUGACCAUAGCCAUCAUGGAUCGUUAUUUACUGAAAUCUUCUCAAACUCUGACAAGGGACGAAUUUCAACUGAUAGGUGUCUCAGCACUUUUCAUCGCUGCCAAAUUUGAAGAGAUGUAUCCACCUGAAAUAACCGAUUUUUCGUCGAUUACCAAUAAUGCCUUUUCAAAGAGUGAUAUACGAAACUCAGAGCAAAUGAUUCUGCAGUCGAUCGACUUCUAUCUGUCGAUUCCGACGCCCCUUGCAUUUCUCCGUCGAUUGUCGAAAGCAUUGGAUGCUGAUAAGACAAUGCACAAUUUAGCGAAGUAUUUCCUUGAACUAACUAUUCAAGAGUACGAACUUUCCCACCUCCCGGGUAACUAUCGAGCUGCAGUUGCUUUUUGUCUAUCCAGAGCACUAUGCGCAGGCACAUCAGACCUAGAAAAGGCUUGGUGUGACAAACUAUCCUACCUCAGUGGAUACAGACUAGAUGACAUCCGUAAUAACCUACAAAUACUGGCCAGGGCUGCCUACAGACAAAAUUCCCCUUCAAAAUAUAGGGCAAUAUUCGGCAAAUACCGCAACGAUGAUUUUUAUGGCCGCGUAGCAUCAUUGCCUGAACUCCGCUCAAGUCUUAUGGAAGCGCUGGCUAAUCUCAAGUUUGAUAGCGAUGGAGAAAUUAAUCCUGCCUAAUGCUAGUAUAUAUAUAGCUAGAUUCAGUGAUUUGCUGUUGUUAACCUAAUCGUCUAAAUGUCUUGGCAAUUCUUAUUUCCCACAAUUAUUUAUUUUUUAACUAACUGCUGACAUUAUUGAUAAUCUUAUUCAAGUGAAUGUAUACUCCAGCACAAUUUAUUCCCUUUAUAUUCGAUUUUAGUGUAUGACUACAUAAUACACGAUUUUUAUCGCCUUCAA